UCCCAGCUGCAGGUACGCGCGGGCCGGGCCGGGUUGGAGGGCUCCGGGCGCGCAGAGACGCGGGCACCUCCUCACCCGGACCCGGGCCGCACCGCGCCUCCUUGCGCUCCGGUGGCCGCCAGCCUGCCCUGGCCGCCCCGAUCGUCCGGGUCGCCGGGCUGCGUGGUGGCACUGCGCCCCUCUCCGCCCAGCGCGCUGCAGUCCUCUGCGCCGAGCCUGGCAGCUCGCUCGUGGGCAACCUUGCCGCCUCGAGCCCCGGAGGGCCGAAGCCAUGAACGAAAUGUCUAGCUUUCUUCACAUCGGGGACAUAGUGUCUCUGUACGCCGAGGGCUCAGUCAAUGGCUUCAUCAGCACUUUGGGGCUGGUGGAUGACCGCUGUGUGGUGGAGCCUGCAGCUGGGGACCUGGACAACCCCCCCAAGAAGUUCCGAGAUUGCCUCUUCAAAGUCUGCCCUAUGAACCGCUACUCGGCACAGAAACAGUACUGGAAAGCCAAGCAGACUAAGCAGGACAAAGAGAAGAUCGCAGACGUGGUACUGCUGCAGAAGCUGCAGCAUGCAGCCCAGAUGGAGCAGAAGCAGAAUGACACGGAGAACAAGAAGGUUCACGGUGACGUGGUCAAGUACGGCAGUGUGAUCCAGCUCCUUCACAUGAAAAGCAACAAGUACCUGACCGUGAACAAGCGGCUGCCGGCGCUGCUGGAGAAAAAUGCCAUGCGGGUGACGCUGGAUGCUACAGGCAAUGAGGGCUCCUGGCUCUUCAUCCAGCCCUUCUGGAAGCUGCGGAGCAAUGGGGACAAUGUGGUUGUGGGGGACAAGGUGAUCCUGAAUCCUGUCAACGCAGGGCAGCCUCUACAUGCCAGCAAUUAUGAGCUUAGUGACAAUGCUGGCUGCAAGGAGGUCAACUCUGUCAACUGCAAUACCAGCUGGAAGAUCAAUCUAUUCAUGCAGUUCCGGGACCACCUGGAGGAGGUGUUGAAGGGGGGAGACGUGGUGCGGCUGUUCCAUGCGGAGCAGGAGAAGUUCCUCACCUGCGACGAGUACAAGGGCAAGCUGCAGGUGUUCCUGCGAACCACGCUGCGCCAGUCGGCCACCUCAGCCACCAGCUCCAACGCACUCUGGGAGGUGGAGGUGGUCCACCAUGACCCGUGCCGAGGAGGAGCGGGACACUGGAACGGUCUGUACCGGUUCAAGCACCUGGCCACAGGCAACUAUCUGGCUGCUGAGGAAAACCCCAGCUACAAAGGCGAUGCCUCAGAUCCCAAAGCAGCAGGACCGGGGGCCCAGGGCCGCACAGGCCGCAGGAACGCAGGCGAGAAGAUCAAGUACCGCCUGGUAGCCGUGCCACACGGCAACGACAUUGCCUCUCUGUUUGAGUUGGACCCCACCACGCUGCAGAAAACGGACUCCUUCGUGCCCCGGAACUCCUAUGUGCGGCUGCGGCACCUCUGCACCAACACAUGGAUCCAGAGCACCAAUGCGCCCAUCGACGUGGAAGAGGAGAGGCCUAUCCGGCUCAUGCUGGGCACGUGCCCCACCAAGGAAGACAAGGAGGCCUUUGCCAUUGUGUCGGUGCCCGUGUCUGAGAUUCGUGACCUGGACUUUGCCAAUGAUGCCAGCUCCAUGCUGGCCAGCGCUGUGGAGAAACUCAAUGAUGGCUUCAUCAGCCAGAACGACCGCAGGUUUGUUAUCCAGCUGCUGGAGGACCUGGUGUUUUUUGUCAGCGAUGUUCCCAACAAUGGGCAGAAUGUCCUGGACAUCAUGGUCACCAAGCCCAACCGAGAGCGGCAGAAGCUGAUGCGGGAACAGAACAUACUUAAGCAGAUCUUCGGCAUCCUGAAGGCUCCGUUCCGUGACAAGGGGGGUGAAGGCCCGCUGGUGCGGCUGGAGGAACUGUCCGACCAGAAGAAUGCCCCCUACCAGUACAUGUUCCGCCUUUGCUAUCGGGUGCUGCGGCACUCCCAGGAGGACUACCGCAAGAACCAGGAGCACAUCGCCAAGCAGUUUGGGAUGAUGCAGUCACAGAUUGGCUAUGACAUCCUGGCUGAGGACACCAUCACUGCCCUGCUACACAACAACCGGAAGCUGCUAGAGAAGCAUAUUACCAAGACGGAGGUGGAGACCUUCGUCAGCCUUGUGCGCAAGAACCGAGAGCCCAGGUUCUUGGACUACCUCUCAGACCUGUGUGUGUCCAACCACAUCGCCAUCCCUGUCACCCAGGAACUCAUCUGCAAGUGUGUGCUGGACCCCAAGAACAGCGACAUUCUCAUCCAGACGGAGCUGCGGCCCGUGAAGGAGAUGGCCCAGUCUCACGAGUACCUCAGUAUCGAGUACUCAGAAGAGGAAGUGUGGCUCACGUGGACCGACAGGAACAACGAACACCAUGAGAAGAGUGUGAGGCAGCUGGCCCAGGAGGCGCGGGCAGGCAACGCGCAUGACGAGAACGUGCUCAGUUACUACAGGUACCAGCUGAAGCUCUUUGCCCGCAUGUGCCUGGAUCGCCAGUAUCUGGCCAUCGACGAGAUCUCCAAGCAGCUGGGCGUGGACCUGCUUUUCCUGUGCAUGGCGGAUGAGAUGCUGCCUUUCGACCUGCGGGCCUCCUUUUGUCACCUGAUGCUGCAUGUGCACGUGGACCGUGACCCCCAGGAGCUGGUGACGCCCGUCAAGUUUGCCCGCCUCUGGACAGAGAUCCCCACGGCCAUCACAAUCAAGGACUAUGACUCCAAUCUCAACGCCUCCCGAGAUGACAAGAAAAACAAAUUUGCCAGCACCAUGGAGUUUGUGGAAGAUUACCUUAACAAUGUGGUCAGCGAGGCCGUGCCCUUUGCCAACGAGGAGAAGAACACACUCACCUUUGAGGUGGUCAGCCUGGCGCACAAUCUCAUCUACUUCGGCUUCUACAGCUUCAGCGAGCUGCUGCGGCUCACACGCACUCUGCUGGGCAUCAUUGACUGUGUCCAGGCACCCCCGGCCAUGCUGCAGGCCUACGAGGAGCCCGGUGGCAAGAACGUGCGGAGGUCCAUCCAGGGCGUGGGACACAUGGUGUCUACGAUGGUGCUGAGCCGCAAGCAGUCUGUCUUCGGUGCCUCCAGCCUGCCUUCCGGAGCGGGUGUCCCUGAGCCGCUGGACAGAAGCAAGUUUGAGGAUAAUGAAGACAUUGUGGUGAUGGAGACCAAGCUGAAGAUCCUGGAGAUCCUGCAGUUCAUCCUCAAUGUGCGUCUGGACUACCGUAUCUCUUACCUGCUGUCGGUCUUCAAGAAGGAGUUUGUGGAGGUGUUUCCCAUGCAGGACAGCGGGGCGGACGGCACGGCACCCGCCUUCGACUCCACCACUGCCAACAUGAAUCUGGACCGCAUCGGGGAGCAGGCAGAGGCCAUGUUUGGAGUAGGGAAGACCAGCAGCAUGCUAGAAGUGGAUGAUGAAGGUGGCCGCAUGUUCCUGCGUGUGCUGCUGCAUCUGACGAUGCACGACUACGCACCUCUUGUCUCCGGUGCCCUGCAAUUGCUCUUCAAGCAUUUCAGCCAGCGCCAGGAGGCCAUGCACACCUUCAAGCAGGUCCAGCUGCUGAUCUCAGCCCAGGAUGUGGAGAACUAUAAGGUGAUCAAGUCAGAGCUGGACCGGCUGCGGACGAUGGUGGAGAAGUCGGAGCUGUGGGUGGACAAGAAGGGCAGCAGCAAGGGCGAGGAGGGGGAGGCGGGUGCCACCAAGGACAAGAAGGAGCGGCCCUCGGAUGAGGAGGGAUUUCUGCAGCCGCAUGGGGAGAGGAGCAGUGAGAACUACCAGAUUGUCAAGGGCAUCCUGGAGAGGCUGAACAAGAUGUGCGGGGUCGGGGAGCAGAUGAGGAAGAAGCAGCAGAGGCUGCUGAAGAAUAUGGAUGCCCACAAGGUCAUGCUGGACCUGCUGCAGAUCCCUUAUGACAAGAGUGACAACAAGAUGCUGGAGAUCCUGCGCUACACACACCAGUUCCUGCAGAAGUUCUGCGCCGGGAAUCCUGGCAACCAGGCCCUGCUGCACAAGCACCUGCAGCUCUUCCUCACGCCUGGGCUCCUGGAGGCAGAGACCAUGCAGCACAUUUUCCUCAACAACUACCAGCUGUGCUCCGAGAUCAGCGAGCCCGUCCUGCAGCACUUUGUGCACCUGCUGGCCACUCACGGGCGCCACGUGCAGUACCUGGACUUCCUGCACACGGUCAUCAAAGCCGAGGGCAAGUACGUGAAGAAGUGCCAGGACAUGAUCAUGACCGAGCUGACCAAUGCGGGUGACGACGUGGUAGUGUUCUACAAUGACAAGGCCUCCCUGGCCCAUCUGCUGGACAUGAUGAAGGCAGCCCGGGAUGGCGUGGAGGACCACAGCCCCCUCAUGUACCACAUCUCCCUGGUGGACCUGCUGGCAGCCUGUGCCGAGGGCAAGAAUGUCUACACGGAGAUCAAGUGCACCUCCCUGCUGCCUCUGGAGGAUGUGGUGUCUGUGGUGACCCAUGAGGACUGCAUCACGGAGGUUAAAAUGGCGUACGUGAACUUCGUGAAUCACUGCUAUGUGGACACGGAGGUGGAGAUGAAGGAGAUCUACACCAGCAACCACAUCUGGACGCUCUUCGAGAACUUCACCCUGGACAUGGCUCUGGUCUGUUCCGGGGGCCAGGGCUGGGCUUCUGGGUGGAGGGAUGACCUGUACGUAGCUCUAUCUCCCCGUAUGACUCCUCCGAAGGUCUGCAACAAACGGGAGAAGCGUCUGGCGGACCCCACCCUGGAGAAGUACGUGCUCACUGUGGUCCUGGACACCAUCAGUGCCUUCUUCAGCUCCCCGUUCUCAGAGAACAGCACGUCGCUGCAGACACACCAGACAAUUGUGGUGCAGCUGCUGCAAUCCACCACGCGGCUGCUGGAGUGUCCGUGGCUGCAGCAGCAACACAAAGGCUCCGUGGAGGCCUGUGUCCGCACCCUCGCCAUGGUGGCCAAGAGCCGGGCCAUCUUACUGCCCAUGGAUCUGGAUGCGCACAUGAGUGCCCUGCUCAGCAGUGGGGGCAGCUGUGCAGCCGCAGCUCAACGCAGUGCUGCCAACUACAAGACGGCCACGAGGACCUUCCCUCGUGUUAUCCCCACCGCCAACCAGUGGGACUACAAGAACAUCAUCGAGAAGCUGCAGGACAUCAUCACGGCCCUAGAAGAACGGCUGAAGCCGCUGGUGCAGGCUGAGCUCUCGGUGCUGGUGGACAUGCUGCAUUGGCCCGAGCUGCUCUUUCUGGAGGGCAGUGAGGCCUACCAGCGCUGCGAGAGUGGGGGCUUCCUGUCCAAGCUCAUCCGUCACACCAAGGGCCUCAUGGAGUCAGAGGAGAAGCUGUGUGUGAAGGUGCUGCGCACGCUGCAGCAGAUGCUGCAGAAGAAGAGCAAGUAUGGGGACCGGGGCAACCAGCUGCGGAAGAUGCUGUUGCAGAAUUACCUCCAGAACCGGAAGUCCAGCUCCCGGGGCGAGCUCCCUGACCCCACAGGCUCUGGCCCAGACCAGGACUGGUCGGCCAUCGCAGCCACCCAGUGCCGCCUGGACAAGGAGGGGGCCACCAAGUUGGUCUGCGACCUCAUCACCAGCACCAAGAAUGAGAAGAUUUUCCAGGAGAGUAUCGGCCUGGCCAUCCGCCUGCUGGACGGAGGCAACACUGAGAUCCAGAAAUCUUUCUACAAUCUGAUGAUGAGUGACAAGAAGUCGGAGCGCUUCUUCAAGGUGCUGCAUGACCGCAUGAAGCGAGCCCAGCAGGAGACCAAGUCCACAGUUGCUGUCAACAUGAGUGACUUGGGCAGCCAGCCUCGCGAGGACCGUGAGCCAGCAGACCCCACCACCAAAGGCCGUGUGGCAUCCUUCUCCAUGCCUAGUUCCUCCCGCUAUUCACUGGGCCCCAGCUUGCACCGGGGGCACGAGAUGGGUGAGCGCGUGCAGAGCAACGAGAUGGGCACGGCCGUGCUCAUCAUGCGGCCCAUCCUGCGCUUCCUGCAGCUGCUGUGUGAGAAUCACAACCGUGACCUCCAGAACUUCCUGCGCUGUCAGAACAACAAGACUAACUACAACCUGGUGUGUGAGACCCUCCAGUUCCUGGACAUCAUGUGCGGCAGUACCACAGGAGGGCUGGGGCUACUGGGGCUCUACAUCAAUGAGGACAACGUGGGCCUCGUCAUCCAGACCUUGGAGACCCUCACAGAGUACUGCCAGGGCCCAUGCCACGAGAACCAGACCUGCAUUGUGACUCAUGAGUCCAACGGCAUCGAUAUCAUAACAGCUCUGAUUCUCAACGACAUCAGCCCGCUCUGCAAGUACCGCAUGGAUCUGGUGCUGCAGCUCAAGGACAACGCCUCCAAGCUGCUCCUGGCUCUGAUGGAGAGUCGGCAUGAUAGUGAGAAUGCAGAACGCAUCCUCAUCAGCCUGCGGCCCCAGGAGCUGGUGGAUGUGAUCAAGAAGGCCUACCUGCAGGAGGAGGAGCGGGAGAACUCAGAGGUGAGCCCACGUGAAGUGGGCCACAACAUCUACAUUCUAGCACUUCAGCUUUCCAGGCACAAUAAACAGCUGCAGCACCUGCUGAAGCCGGUGAGGCGCAUCCAGGAGGAGGAGGCGGAGGGCAUCUCUUCCAUGCUCAGUCUCAACAACAAGCAGCUGUCCCAGAUGCUCAAGUCCUCGGUGCCUGCCCAGGAGGAGGAAGAAGACCCUCUGGCAUACUAUGAGAACCAUACCUCGCAGAUUGAGAUUGUGCGGCAAGACCGAAGCAUGGAGCAGAUUGUGUUCCCCGUGCCUGGCAUCUGCCAGUUUCUGACAGAGGAGACCAAGCACCGGCUCUUCACCACCACUGAGCAGGACGAGCAGGGAAGCAAAGUGAGCGACUUCUUCGACCAGUCCUCGUUCCUGCAUAAUGAGAUGGAGUGGCAGCGCCGGCUUCGCAGCAUGCCGCUCAUCUACUGGUUCUCCCGCCGCAUGACACUGUGGGGCAGCAUCUCCUUCAACCUGGCUGUGUUCAUCAACAUCAUCAUCGCCUUCUUCUACCCCUACGUAGAGGGGGCGUCCACAGGCGUGCUGGGCUCCCCACUCAUCUCGCUGCUCUUCUGGAUCCUCAUCUGCUUCUCCAUCGCGGCGCUGUUCACCAAGCGCUACAGUGUCCGCCCCCUCAUCGUGGCGCUCAUCCUGCGGUCCAUCUACUACUUGGGCAUUGGGCCCACACUCAACAUCCUGGGUGCCCUCAAUCUGACCAACAAGAUUGUGUUUGUGGUGAGCUUCGUGGGCAACCGUGGCACCUUCAUCCGUGGCUACAAGGCCAUGGUCAUGGACAUGGAGUUCUUGUACCACGUAGGCUACAUCCUGACCAGCGUCCUGGGCCUCUUUGCCCAUGAGCUCUUCUACAGCAUUCUGCUCUUUGACCUCAUCUACCGUGAGGAGACGCUGUUUAAUGUCAUCAAGAGCGUGACCCGCAAUGGCCGCUCCAUCCUGCUAACUGCCCUCCUGGCCCUCAUCCUAGUCUACCUCUUCUCCAUCGUGGGGUUCCUCUUCCUCAAGGAUGACUUCAUUCUGGAGGUGGACCGGCUGCCUGGGAACCACUCCAGAGCCAGCACCCUGGGAAUGCCACAUGGAGCUGCCACGUUUGUGGGCACAUGUAGUGGGGACAAGAUAGACUGUGUCUCAGAGGUCUCGGUGCCUGAGAUCCUAGACGAGGAUGAGGAGCCGGACAGCACGGAGCGGGCCUGUGACACUCUGCUCAUGUGCAUCGUCACCGUCAUGAACCACGGACUGCGCAAUGGUGGUGGCGUGGGUGAUAUCCUGCGCAAGCCCUCCAAAGAUGAGUCCCUCUUCCCUGCCCGGGUGGUGUACGACCUCCUGUUCUUCUUCAUCGUCAUCAUCAUUGUGCUGAACCUCAUCUUUGGGGUGAUCAUCGACACCUUCGCUGACCUCCGCAGCGAGAAGCAGAAGAAAGAGGAGAUCCUCAAGACCACGUGCUUCAUCUGUGGUCUGGAGAGGGACAAGUUUGACAACAAGACCGUGUCCUUCGAGGAGCACAUCAAGCUGGAACACAACAUGUGGAACUACCUGUACUUCAUCGUGCUGGUCCGCGUCAAGAACAAGACAGACUACACGGGCCCCGAGAGCUACGUGGCCCAGAUGAUCAAGAACAAGAACCUGGACUGGUUUCCACGGAUGCGUGCAAUGUCCCUGGUGAGCAGCGAGGGCGAGGGUGAGCAGAAUGAGAUCCGAAUCCUGCAGGAGAAACUUGGCUCCACCAUGAAGCUGGUGUCCCACCUCACUGCCCAGCUCAAUGAGCUCAAGGAGCAGAUGACAGAGCAGCGGAAACGGAGGCAACGUCUGGGCUUUGUGGAUGUGCAGAACUGCAUGAGCCGCUGAGGAGAGCCACUGAAGCCCACAGGAGAUGCACUGCCUGGCCAGCAGGGGUGCUACACAGCCGACAGUCCUGCUCAGAGCCCUUGAGGAGACUCGGUUUACCUUAGUGCCUUAGAGGACACUAGGUCCUCCAGACCACUGCGCCUGGAAGCGGUGACUGACACUCCUCAGUGGUCCUCGCAGGGGUUACAAGCGGCUGCCUCUCAUCUCCAAGCACUACAUUGUGGCUGUUUCUGCCUUCCUCCCGCCUCAGGAAGGUGCUAGCCUGCUGUCAUUAGCUACUUAGGGCUUUGAUACUUAACUUAUUCCGGGGUCAUUGCACCCCGUUGUGCCUGCUGGGGACAGGGUGCUGGACUCCUGGCCCUGUCCAAGUAGUCGGAUUCAGAGGGACGGCUUUCUAGGCGAGAGCCAUAAGCCCCGGGGACAAGGCCUGGCCGUGUGAAAGUGGUAUUUUGUUCUUUUUUUUCCCUUUUUGGUGUCAUGUUUUAUAAGUCCUAUGUCCUGAGAACUAAUGUGUUAAUUGCCUUAAAUAAAUUAAUAGAAUCCAAGUCCACCAGUGGGACUCUGCUUCCUACAUAGCUGGUGCCACAGAGGCCAAUGUGCCCUGGCAGCCUGGCCUCCCCUCAGGCUCAGGCUCCUAACUGCCAUGUGUUGUACCCCAGUGCCUACCAGAUCUCUGGCUACUUGACUGGUUCCACUGGGCUCCAGCCCCUAGGCUGCUGUGGGAUGUGAGACCUAAUAGGAACAUGAGAUUCAAGCAGUUAAGGUGGCCUGUAUGGCUUGUAGCCCUCCGCAGAACCUACCUGAUGCUGACACGCUGCGCCCAGUUCAAGCGUGGCUACAGCUUUGCUGUCCUACCUGGGCAUGCGUACCUCUGGAGGGCUGGAGUGAGAGACCUAGGGUGUCUUCUGUGGCAGAGGGCCAGGCAGGAUGCCCAGUCUCGGCCUCUCACCUGGUGCCGUUACAGUGCCCGUUUCCACACUUAACUGCAGAUCCUGGCAUCUCCCCAGCUCUACGACACAACAGGAAGCCUGUGAAUCCUCAGGCUGCGAGGGCCCUACCUUCCCUCUGCUCAGGCAGACAGGGCAGGCCUCCCCGAUGGAGCCGAUGAGUCAAUUCC